AUGAAUCGAGCUCUACUUAAAAUUUUGAAACUGCUGAUCCUUUUGCAACGUAUACACAGCUCCAUGGAAGCUAAAUUCGAUUUUCUUUUUGAGGAUGAGCGUAUUUUUAGUGAUUGCAGGGAAAAACCACCGGGAACCCUUGAUAUUAGCAGUUUAUAUGAUUUCAGUAAUACUGGCUUCGAUAUGAGUGAAGAUGGUGUGACUAUUUCGGGAUACACAACGGUUAUUUGGGAUAUCCAGCCAACUGACCGAGUUGAGGUUGCUGUUAGUGUGCAGUACUACGAUCGCGGUAGCUGGCAACCGACCAUACUUAAUAUGGUGAUCAAAGACUUCUGCAAGGUGAUGUUCGACGAGAAGCAGAUGUGUCUCAAAUACAAUUCGAAAGAUAUACCGUACAUGCGGUAA